AUGUCUUUUCUCUUUGCAGGUAGGAGUCAUUCAUUACGUUAUUUCUACACGGGGAUAUCUGGUACCUCAAAUUUUCCAGAGUUUGUGACAACAGGCUAUGUGGAUGAUGUUGAAAUUGAUCGCUAUGACAGUGUGAUUCAAAGAGACGUACCCGUGGCCCAUUGGAUGAAGGAGAAUGAGGGUCAGGAUUACUGGGAUGGACAAACAGAGACCCUUAAAGGCUGGCAGCAGACAUUCAAAGCAAAUGUGAAAAUUGUGAUGGAUCGUACCAAUCAGACUACUGGUAUUCAUUCUUUCCAGCUGAUGUAUGGCUGUUCUAUGAAUGAUGGCACCACCAGUGGUAGCAAUGGAUUCUAUCAAUUAGGUUAUGAUGGACAGGACUUCGUCACAUUAGAUAAAGGCACUAUGACUUGGACUGCAGCAACACCUUCAGCUGUCAUCACUAAAAACAAAUGGGAUCCUAAUACAGCCAGGAAUAUGCAGUGGAAGGGUUAUUUGGACCAGACAUGCAUUGAAUGGCUUCAGAAAUAUCUUAAAUAUGGUCAAACUAGUCUGAAAAGAAAAGUUCCACCAGAGGCAAAGAUGACUGACAAAACAGAUGGUGAUAAUACCAAGCUGAAAUGCACAGUUAGUGGAUUUCACCCUCAAGAUAUUGAUGUUUAUUUUGUUAAAGAUGAUGAUAACAAAAUAGAAACAACAACAUCCACUGGACUUCUGCCAAACAGUGAUGGAACAUAUUAUACUGAGAAAUGGAUAGAGAUUGAUCCACGAGAUAAAUAUCAUUACUCGUGCCACACUGAGCAUGAAAGUUUAGAAUCAAAGCUGAUUGUGAAGCUCGAUCCAGAGUCCAAUGUUGCACUCAUUGCUGGGAUUGUUAUUGCUGUUGUUGCCGUGAUCCUUAUUGCCAUAAUCUCAGUGGUUAUCUGGAAAAAGAAGCAAAAAGAUGACAAGCACUACACUCCAGCAAACAGUAAGUGA